CAUAACGCGAACCUACGAGCUACCGUAUCUGGACGAACCGCCAGGAGGUGGCAUCGUCGGUGGAAGGAUAAGAGUGCUAUCCAGUACAGCUAUAAAUAACGUAACCUACCUAUCCGAAAAUGAAAUACUGAGUAAUUCCAGCGUUGAGUUUGAAUGGUCCAACGACACCAUAACAAAUUCAACAUUUGCAACAACAAUAGCAAGAUUUGAGUCGAUAGAUAACACAACAGACGUGGACAACUACACAUUGAUAUCCAAUCUCUUUGUCUUCGACGAUCUCAAUGAGUACAUAAAAAGAUUGAAUUACAGUGUAUUGAAUCUCACCACUUACUACGACUCUGGAAUAGGUCUCAAUUCGACGAAAGUUAAUGACACAUGUGGCGCGACUAAUGAAACUAGUGAUGUUAAUUCCGAGUGCAAUGCUAGUCAGGAGAAGUCCUCGGUUAACAACUGGUGGGCUUUGAUUCUCGUUAUUGUACCGUGUUUAACGCUGUUCGGAAAUGUACUCGUUAUACUUGCUGUUGUGAGGGAAAGGGCCUUGCAGACUGUCACUAAUUACUUCAUCGUCAGUUUGGCACUUGCUGAUUUACUCGUUGCUGUUCUUGUAAUGCCAUUUGCUGUUUACGUGUUGGUGAAUGGCACGUGGGCAUUACCGAGCUUUGUCUGUGACUUCUAUAUUGCGAUGGAUGUUACGUGCAGCACGAGUUCAAUCUUCAAUUUAGUCGCCAUAUCAAUUGACAGAUACAUCGCAGUCACGCAGCCAAUAAAAUAUGCCAAACAUAAGAACAAUAGGAGAGUGUGGCUAACAAUUCUUCUGGUCUGGGCGAUUUCCGCUGCAAUCGGCAGUCCAAUUGUUCUCGGCCUAAACAAUACACCAGAACGGCUUCCAGACUUGUGUUUAUUCUACAACUCUGACUUCAUCAUCUACUCAAGCCUGUCGAGCUUCUACAUUCCUUGUAUCAUCAUGGUCUUUCUGUAUUGGAACAUAUUCAAGGCUCUACGGAAUCGGGCUGCCCGCGCGAGAGCUAAUAAGAAAUCCAACUUAAAAGACGUGAAACCAGGGAGUAUUAUAGAGAACAUCGUCCACACUCAGAGAUUCGCCGAGACGGCUCUAGGUACAGCCACCCUCGUCGGUGCAGUUCAUGAAGAACCAACGAAUACAGCUUCAGGUAGCAACGAGGAUGAAGACGAGACCCCUCUGGAUCCCACUGCUUUCAGCGAAAAGGGCACAGAAUGCUUCAUGGCUACUGUCGUCGAGGAAGCAACUUGCUCGCGAUUCACCAUUUACAAAACCAACAAAGCGAGCAAGAAAAAGAGGGAAAAGAGUUCGGCAAAAAGGGAGCGUAAAGCUACUAAGACUCUAGCCAUUGUACUCGGUGUCUUUCUCAUAUGCUGGGUACCAUUUUUUACCUGCAACGUCAUGGAUGCCAUUUGUACAAAAUUACAAAUGAACUGUGAACCCGGUGUAGCUGCCUUCAUUGUGACAUCUUGGUUAGGAUAUAUGAACAGUUUCGUCAAUCCUGUCAUUUACACAGUGUUCAAUCCUGAAUUUCGGAAAGCAUUCCGUAAGUUGAUUAGGAUCUAAGUUAUUACAAAUAUUAUACCACACGUAUGCGAGACUUCAUCGAUUAAAAUGAUGUACCAAUCAAAUUGCGACAAGAAUACGCAUUACUGAUCAAGCACACACUUGAUCGAAUGAAUUAAUAUCAAAUACGUGUGCAUGCUUGAUGCGAAUGACGGAUUGCCUCCAGCACACGAUCAAUUGUGGAAGCGUUGAUGGUUGAUCGGAAGAAUUCUCACUUUCAUGUAGUCAGUUUAACAAAUCUAACGCCGUCAAGAUCAUACUGACACUUGAUCUGUGAACAAGAUAGCUUGUUGUAUCAAAAUUAUAUCACCCAUCUCAAAAAUCUAUCCAUCCAUAAAUGCACUAUUUAUGCCAUCAAUCACAAUGUUCACCAUUCCUAGAUCAAUAAUGAAAUAAUUUUGAUAUUCUGCUAUACGCAUAUUUGUAGAUAGAAAGAAAAUUGUAAAUAUACUAUAUUUAGUACUCAUGCCGUAGCAGUAUUACAUUAUGCAAUACAUAGCGAUAUCUCCUGGAGUAUAAGAAAUACGGUGUGAUGAACGAAAAUAUAUAUCCAAUUUGAAUUGAUUAUCAACGCAACAAGAUAGAUGUUGUUACUGGUCAAAUCAUCUAUUGCAGGCCUUGGAUAUAGAAUAUGUGUCUUCUAAAAAAAACGGCAGAAUGUACUCUACAUGUUCACAUUCACUGAUGAAACUCCUGCUGAGAGAAAGAUUAGCUCUGCCGAAAGACUAUAUUGUUGCGUAUUUGUUCUGUUCCUCCCUCUCAACUACCCUCAUGUACGCUCGUCUCUUUCAUACUCGUUAUUCUUUUAUCUUCGUUCCUAGUCAGCGGACAUGUCACUCUUUUUCAUUUGUUCUUAUCAUUUGUUUCGCCCCAAAUCCAAUAAACACUUAUUCAUAGUUGAAUGGCUUGUAUUUAACAGUAUAUUCCACGUGAGAUUGUGUGAUGGCGGUAUAUAUAAUUUUCCGGCAGAACCAAUUUAUUCCCUCAGUGCAUGACUGUUGAAGAUGAACGUUGAAAAGUCUGUAACGAUUAAUCAAAAACUUGGAUCAUGUAGAAAUUCCUUUAUUGUAUGCUUGUAAUCUAUGAAAAAUGCACCUACAGGGUAUGUGUGAAUGCUGCUGAUACGUUAUAAGAGAAUAUGAUAAACAAAGUGUCAUCAAGCGUAGUGAAAGUUACCAGGAAUACAAGUGACCGUUUUGGCCUAACGGUUAUCAACGUGAAAACAAUGGAAUUGCAAUUCGUAGACGUUUGGCCCUUGUUGAGACUCUUUUGGGUCACAAUCAAUUCGUUACACUCUGUAAUAAACAGAGAUUACGUCUACGAUAACCGAAAUAAAUUCCAAUAUCUGUGUGUAUCAAAAAGAAAUAACUUACAGUGAUCACAUCAUUCUCGGCAAUUGAGAUGAAUUGUUGAUCGCUCACCGCGACCCCUCCCUAAUUGCAGCACUUGGAUGGGGGAGGGGUGGAGCGAGUGGGACCCUCUGGGGGUAGUAACAUCAAUUUCUUGAUUAAUCAUUGUAUUCAGCGUCGCCCAAAAAAAUUGAUUGCACUAGAUGAAGAGUAUUUUGAAGCUCGGUAGUCUGCUGCAUAGCACUAAAUUUGGUAUGUCGUUUCUCUCGCAUUCUCUUGAGGAUGUUUGGGCAUUAUAAUGAGAAUCGGUGAAACACUUCCAGCGUGACUGGCAUCUGUAUGUAUCUACACGAAAAAGAAAAUAAUAGUUGGAAUUUCAGUCUGUGUAGAGAACUUGGUUAUUCUGAAAUUAAAUGAUAACAUUGUACCUAGUUUUGUAAGAAAUGUUGAAAAAUUGCGAUAUUUUGGUUGAAAAUGGUUGGAGAUAUGUGAAAAUUUAUCAGUUGGUUAGACGUUACUGGUCGAUGAUCUGUAUUCUUGGCUUCAUUAAAAAACUUGAUUUCCUUGGAGUUGGAAAAAAUUGAGAAAAAAAAAUCCACAGAAAGCCGUACCCGGAGACACUAGGGUACAGAAGUUUUGAUUGGACUAUGAAUCCGAGUGAUGGCGAGAUGGGAAAUACAUGUACCAGGCUGUUUUGAUUGCUAGAAGGGGAGAAAUACUGCCCAAACAGCCUUACAUUUAGCAGCUUCGACUUUCGGGUCUGACAAUCUAUUAGAAUGUACAAUCAGAUAUGAAAGUUAUAAUCACACGGUGAUUUUGAUGCGCUGUUUUUCAUUGAUCAUUGAUUAUUUCACUCAGAUAUUGCAGUUGUAAUCGUUGCAUUUGAAGAUUGUACGUUCAAGCCUUCUGAACUGGCGCGGAGCGGCUUCGUUUCUGUUCCAAUUUCGCUCAUUAUAUGCGGUACUGAUCAUUAGACAAAUGGAAAGUAUUAUAAUUGCUGAAUUGAACAUUCCGGAUGGAUGCCGCGUUUGGUUUCAGCGUUGCGCCGACGUUUCGCAAACAUUCUAGUCUGCAUCUUCCUCCGAUUCUGAGCUCCGAUGUACGGGGGUCGUCCUUAUAUGUCCUCCCCUCCGAUGGUGGGGGGUGCGAGAAUGGGAGAGGGGCCAGCCAAUCAUUUUGAAUUGAUCAGCUCGUCAAUUAAAAAACCGGGAGGACGGUUUUCCAAAUAGGGUUCACUUGAUAUCCUCUAUCCCCGUUGAGGUUGUUAAGGUUUUUACGGAAUCGGAGCUCAUAGCCCUGAAGAUGCAGACUGCAAUGUCCGCAAAUGCGGCAUCCAUCCGGCAGUCAAUGAUAUUAAUAAUGAUAGCCGCGAAAGCCUCAAAAGUCAAAUUCUAAAGGGGACUGGAGAAGUUUUCAUCCCCAAAAUAUACUAGAAGGCUACGUAAAAUAAUAUUCUUGCACGUUUCGUGCGGAAAAGCGUCGCUUCGCCGUCCUGAAUUGUGAAUCUUCUCCUGCACCGUUGCCACAUUCAGGUACUUGCAUUUUCGACUCGUUAGUACGAAUGUGACAACAUUGUAUUAUUGAAAACGCAGACGGCGUCGCGUUAACCGGGCAAGAGUAGAGCGGUGAGCGUUGAACGCUAAUUCAGAAGAGCAAAUGUACAAGAUACACGAAGCAAUCUUCAUUUUGGAACAAGAGAGAAAAAUUUAUUAUUGAUAAAUAUGCUAGCGUGAUGCCACAAUGAACCUGUGCGAAACACACGCAAUGCGUGCAACGAUAGUUCAUCUGUUUUUCCAUUAUUCCUGAUAGCUGUCAUCAUUUCGUAUUUCUUGGGAAACGCUCAUCCCGAGAAAAUUAAAUGUCGACAAAUUAUCGACAUGCUGUCGCCAUCAUCAAAGAUUUUGAAUGACUCAAGCAGAAAUUGGUUUCUGGGUUGUGGUAUUCCCCUUAUUAUUAUUUUACGUCACCCCGCGUUAGCGCCAAUGAAAAUCUGACACUUAUAACCGAAGAGUGUUUCUGAAAUUGACAAAGUAAGUUGAUAAGCUGUUUAGCAACAAUAUUCUACGCUGAGGAAACUGCAUACUGAUGACAUUAGAAUAUCCCCUAUGAUAUAACAUAAAAACAACAUAUUUUUCUAACCUGAUACGUUCUCUCAUUCUGUACAUACAUCUAGAACCAUGUGAAAACUUUUAUUUCAAAUAGGAUUCAACCCAUU